AUGGGAAAAGGCGAGGGUAAGAAAGGCGAGUCUUCUAGGAGGUCGAGGAAGUGUAAGGCUUCCCAGAAUUUCGCUGUCACCAAUCAGAAUGCUCAGAACCCACCAGCACAACCUCCUGCCAAGAAACAAUACGCUGGUACCGCACCUCACUGCAAUAGGUGCAAUGGUCAUCAUGCGGCCCAACAGGCUUGUAAACAGUGUACUACAUGUGGUAAACUUGGGCAUAUGGCCAACAUCUGUCGUUUGCGUCAGAACCAAGCUGCUCAGAAUCCAGCACAAGCUCCACUUCAGGGAAACGCUUCUAGAUUCCCACCUGGUUCAUGCUACAACUGCGGUGAAAUGGGUCCUUUCGGUAACAAUUGUCAGAGGCUUGCGAACCAGAAUGCAACGCGAAUGCAAAUGUGA